ACGGUCCGGUUUGUCUGUAACUCCAGCGUGUACCAUGCUGGUUGUAUUUUGAAUGUUUUUACUCAUUUUUUUUUCGCAUUCUCUGAUUAAUGUAUAGGUCCACGCCUUUAGAUCUUGCUAAAUGUGUUAAAAUACCAUUCAUUAGAUGAGUUAGAGUAAGUUAGAGUUGUCAAGAUGAAGAUAAAACGGCAGAAGCAUGCGAAGAAGACGAUCAGUUUCUAUAAGUACAACUUUUGUUUCCGGGAACCGUUUCAAAUACUGAUCGACGGUACUUUCUGUCAAGCUGCUUUAAAGAAUAAGAUCCAGAUCAAAGAACAGCUGCCUAAAUAUUUCAUGGGAGAGAUUCAACUUUGUACCACCAAAUGCGCACUGAAGGAACUGGAGACACUUUCAAAAGACUUGUAUGGAGCUAAAUUAAUCCUGCAGAGGUUUCAGAUACGGAAAUGUAAACACAAGGAGCCUGUCCCUGCCUCUCAGUGCCUGCUGUCCAUGCUGGGACAGACUAAUGCACAUCACUACUUCGUUGCCACGCAGGACAGAGAGUUGACCACAUCUCUGACAGAGAUCCCUGGCGUGCCCCUGAUCUACAUUGUCCAAAACACCAUGGUGUUAGACAAACCAUCAGCGUGUUCCUUGAAGCAUGUUGAGGCAGUGCAGCUGGGAGAGCUCGUGAGUCCUCAUCAACAGCAGAGUCUUCAGAGCCUGAAAGCGGAGCAGGGCCUCAGUAAGGACGGUGAGGAGCGGCGGGGCAAAAAACGCAAGAGAAAGUCAAGCAACCCGAACCCUCUCAGCUGUUUGAAAAAGAAGAAGAAGCCAAUGCCACAGCAGCCCAAAACAGAUGGAGAGAAGAAGAGGAGCAGGCACAGGAAGAAGAGCAGUGCUGGGCCAUCUGUUAGUGUGAACCCAGACCCUUCCAGUGCUCAGUCAUGACCCACCUUCUGUAUAUCAGCUGACAUUAAAACCUCUAAAUGUAUAAGAAUCAGAUUUUCUAAUAAAAUUUUAAUCAAGA